GUAAUUCAUAGCCCGUACAUAUCGCCAGCCAAUACUGCGUGCUGAUACCAUAGAGCUUUACGCCUAGAAGGUCGUAUUCGUUGGUUGCCAUUUUAUUCUUUGCAUUUGGGAGAAAAUAGGACAGUUUUUGCAUCUUAAGAAAACUUUGCAAGGCUUUCUCAUCGUCAUGGCUUCUAAGCAGUCUGGAAAAGAAGAAAGAAUCAGGUAUGUGAAGGGAGACCUUUUUACCUCUCCUGGAACUGAUUCCUUGGCUCACUGCAUCAGUGAAGAUUGCCACAUGAGUGCUGGCAUAGCUGCCAUUUUUAAGAAAAAGUUUGAUGGUGUGCAGGAACUCUUGAAUCAAAAAAAAACUACUGGGGAGGUUGCUGUUCUGAAGAGGGAGAACCGAUAUGUGUACUAUCUGAUUACAAAAAACAAAUACUUUCACAAGCCUACAUAUGAUAAUCUACGCAGCAGUUUAGAAGCUAUGAAAAUCCAUUGCCUGAAGAAUGGUGUAACUUGCAUUUCUAUGCCCAAGAUUGGGUGUGGACUUGAUCGCCUGGAUUGGACUAAAGUUUCAUUAAUGCUUGAGGAAGUAUUUGAAGAUACAGAUGUUAAAAUCACAGUUUAUACCCUUUAAAGUAGCAUUCUUGAGAGAAUUGUUCUACUUUUCUGGAAGUUUUUUUGAAUCAUUGAUAAUGUUCAGUCACAUAUAGUAUGAUGUAGUAUUAUGUAUAAAAUACACAGCUAGAUUUUUCAAAGAUACUCUGUUUUAAUAUUACAGCCAACCACUAGAUGUCUCUGUCUACUAUUUGGCAAAUGAACCUAAUUUAAAACAGCAAAAUUUCUUGUGAUGCAGUGUUUGGUUAAUUUUUUUUGACUGGUUUUCAUUUUUCAAAAUGAAAACUAUGAAUGGUGGUGAAAUAUUAAAAAUGUAUUUGCUGUUUUUUGUUUUUACAGAAAUAAAAUAAAAAUAUGUUUC